CCUGGUUAACACGCCGGCCGGACUGCCGCUUAAGAGACAAAUAAAAAGAAAGAAGAGAAAAUCGGGCUGCGUUUGUGACUGACACAGCGAUGCCUUUUGUUAUGAAACACCGGGUUGGAUGGUAAAAACUCAUUUCCCCCUCUGCAGCGUUGGCAUUAGUGUCGCGCCAUGGACUCAACGGAGUCGGACGUGCUUUGAACAACACCAGUGACCGGUUGGGGUUUAGGGUCCUACAAACGGGAUGGCAUCGUCAGCUUAGAGAGAGCAGGGCUUCUCCGUUUAAGCGGCUCUCAAUGAAAAGCCGUGCGGACGGCGAGACGGUAUAAAACGUCCUCUCUCUCUUUUUCCUUUUCGUUCCCGUAUUCUGCACUCCGUAACCGGACGAUGUUUCAGCGAGGAUGCUGCGCUUCCCUGUAAAGAAAAUUAGGAAGCAGUUCAAACUCCUUCUGUUGCUGGUGCUGCUCACCUUCGCGGUGUGGUUCACCUACCUGCACAUCAACCAGGGCAAGAGCAUCAAACUCCACUUCAACUAUGGCAAAGAUGGUGACAGGCAGACGGAGGGGACUGACACAAACCGCAAGAGGGACGCUAGAAGUCCAGACAAAAGACAAAGAACGAGGGAUGCCGUGAAUGCAAGAGAGGAAGGGGAUGCGAGGGAAGAUGAACCAAUGACAGGAGGACCUGAUGGCAGAGACCAUGCCCACAUGCGCAAGUUCCUCAGUCAACGCCACAAGAAGAUGCCAUGGAAACCUGAGUAUAAAGGCCAGGCGAACUUGCAUGUGUUUGAGGACUGGUGUGGCUCCUCUAUCGCUCAGCUCAGGAAAAACCUUCACUUCCCCCUCUACCCACAUACAAGAACUAUAGUGAAGAAGCUGGCAGUCGCCCCUAAGUGGAAGAACUAUGGCCUGAGAAUAUUUGGCUUCAUUCACCCAUACAGAGAUGGUGAUUUCCAGUUCUCAGUAUCAUCUGAUGAUAACUCAGAGUUCUGGCUGAGUCCUGACGAGAACCCUCUCAAUGCCAGGAUGCUGGUCUAUGUAGGACAGCUGGGUACAGAGUGGACCGCUCCGGGCGAGUUCAGCAAGUUCAGGUCCCAGUCCUCCAAGUCUGUGCACCUGAUCUCCUCCAGACGAUAUUACUUUGAAAUCCUCCACAAACAGGAUGACAAGGGCUCAGAUCAUGUGGAGGUCGGGUGGCGUCCGUUCCUGCCUGGUCUGAAGUAUGAAGUGAUCGACUCAGCCUACAUCUCUCUCUACACAGAUGAGUCAAAUCUGAAGAUGAACAGUGUAGACCACAUCCCCCAGACCUUGGCCAGUCACAUCCAUCUCCCGGCGGAGACUCCAGCCCAGGGACAGGGCAUGGAAGGAGGCAGCAAGCAGCAUGGAGCAGACAUGCUGAGGCCAGACCCCAGGGACACUUUCUAUAGCACUCCUAUGAUUGACCCCGCCAGGCUGGAAAAUGUCUUGCCAGUGUGUCUCUACUCUCCCACCUAUGUGGUCAAAGACUUUCCCAUUGCCAGAUACCAAGGCCUGCAGUUUGUGUAUCUGUCCUUCGUCUACCCCAAUGACUUUACACGUCUCACUCACAUGGAAAGGGAGAACAAGUGUUUCUACAGGGAGUCUCCAAUUUAUUUAGAGAAAUUUGGUUUCUACAAGUACAUGAAGAUGGAUGAGGAGGAGGAUGACAGACCGUUCUUCUUCCCCAACGCAGAUGAUUUCCUGGAGGAGGAGGAAGUUGUCGAUCCAGAGGACGAGGCAGAGAUUGUUGGCACCCAGCCCCCCAAGAAGCCCUCUCAUCCCAGCCAGGCUGGCCAUACCUCCAAGCCUUCCCACCAACGCUCUGGGCCUGGACCCACUUCAGCUGGCAGAACAGGAGAGGUGGAGGAGCAGGUGGAGGAGGAGGAGGACGAUGAGGCAGCAGUUAACAGGAUUGUACUCCGCAGAGAGAGAAGACAUUUCCCCCACAGAGACACUCGGACAGGCAGGACCGAGGACAGGGACUGGGGUAGAGACCAUAUUGGGAGAAAAACAGGGCAAGACAUCAAGAAGGGACCUCCAGCGGGUGACAGUGAAGAGGUGUUGCACCCCCAGGAUAACACUGUGGUCCAAGGCCGCUCCUUGUCCUGGCUCCGCACUGGUCCCUCUGAACUAGGCCCCAGCAGGAAAAGGGGAGCAACAGGAGGAGGUGGGGAGAGAGGAGCUGAGAUGGCUCCUAAACUUAGUAAGUCUUCCCUCUUGUUCCCACAGAAGACCUCUCUCACUGCCCUUGCCAGCCGAGCCAAACAGAUCCUCAGCAACUCUGCCCACAGCAAUGCCGCCUAUCUCCAUGACAGCAACAAGCUCCUUGGCAACAAGAAGAAGAAGGAGGAGAAUAAGAUCUACAUCACCAGGCCUCGGCCUGCCAAGGAGAGAGAGAAGGAGAAGGAGAGGGAUCAGCGGAGAGAGAGGAAAGAGGAGAGGGCAUCCCGUCACCCUAGGGAGGUUUUCCCCGGGGUCUUUCUUUACCAGACUGGGAAGACGACAAAGCUGGUCAACCUGGGGUCCAAAGCUCACACAGGCCCAGGGGUGACAGGGGGCAGGGUUCUCGUCAGUGCCCCCCAGCUCUGGCCCAAUCGUCCCAUGAAAAAGGGCAAAAGCCCUCCACGCGAUGCAAUUGGGAGCAAACAUGGUGAAGGUUUGGUUCAGAAGGCUUCCAGCAGGGCAGCAGCAGUGAGGCUCCCAAGUAAAAGCAGGACGAGAGGGGAGCAGAAGGCUCUAAAGAGAGAGACCACCCUCACGACCAAUCAGCCCCGCAAAGAAGACCUUCCAGACUCUCAUCACCUUGAUCCCCAUCCCCAUGCCGUCACCCCUGUAAGGCAGAACUCAACAGUCAACACCCUGAAUGUGGAAAAACGGGUCACCUCAUACCUCAGGACUUCAGAGAUUACCGAGUCCCAACAACCAGAACCAGAUGCUAAUCCAUCAGAACCAGACCAGGAGCCCAAUAUAAACCGCUCCAAUCCUGAUGCAGACCAAGAUCCCGAUCCAGAACCGGAACCAGAACCGGAGGACGGUGGGAUGUCUGACUAUAGUUACGAGGAAGUUGAGGCUCGGCCAGGCUGGGCAGAGGAGAGCAUCAAUUGGCAGAGGACCUUCUCCGUCAACCCAAUGGACUUUGAGCUGCUGCGUUCCGAUUGGAAUGACCUACGCUGCAACGUUUCUGGAAAUCUCCAGCUGGCGGAGAGCGAGGUUGUGGAUGUACUGGCCCAGUACAUGGAGAAACUCAAUGAACGCAAUGGAGGGAUCUAUACCUUGCUGCGGAUCAUCAACGUGGAGAAGCGCCGCGACUCAGCAAGGGGGAACCGGUACCUGGUGGAGCUGGAGCUGAUGGAAAGAGGCCGCAGCGUGGUGCGUCUCUCUGAGUACAUUUACCUGCUGCUCCACCGUGGGCGGCUGGGUGACGAGAGCCUGGAGAACACCGACUCUGCCCCGGCCUCAGCCCCAGCCUCCGCCCCCUCGGCUGCCACCUUGAGCCACACUGCCCCACCGCCUCCUCCUCCUCCUCCCUCCACCAGGUCCACUGCUCGGCCCGGUGCCACACCCUGGAGCACGUCCUAUGCCAAACCUCUCCUCUGCCAGCCUGUCAUGCUGCAGUGGAGGAGUGAUGUCAUGGUGCACUUUGUGGUACCAGUGAAGAACCAGGCUCGCUGGGUGCAGCAGUUCAUCUCCGACAUGGAGAAUCUUCAUCGGGAAACCAAGGAUGAUAACUUCAGCAUCAUCAUCGUUGACUUCGAAAGUGAAGACAUGGAUGUGGAGCAGGCCCUAAGAGAGAGCACAGUGCCCAGAUACGAGUAUCUGAGGAGAGAAGGGAACUUUGAGCGCUCUGCAGGACUACAGAUUGGAGUUGACACUAUUGAGGACAGCCAUAGCAUCGUUUUCCUGUGUGACCUGCACAUUCACUUCCCGCUCAACAUCUUGGAGAGCAUCAGGAAGCACUGUGUGGAGGGACGCCUGGCCUUUGCUCCCAUUGUGAUGAGACUAGGCUGUGGUAGCUCGCCACAGGAACCUGACGGUUACUGGGAGGUGAACGGCUUUGGACUGUUUGGAAUCUAUAAGUCGGAUUUUGAUAAAAUCGGAGGGAUGAACACUGAGGAGUUUAAGGACCGAUGGGGCGGAGAGGACUGGGAGCUGCUGGACAGAGUCUUACAGAACGGUCUUGAGGUGGAGAGGCUGCGCCUGAGGAACUUCUUCCAUUACUACCACUCCAAACGUGGCAUGUGGAAUGCCCAGAACAAGAAAACCCCGAAGGGAUAGCGCCCCCUGGUGGGCGUGGAGGAUCCCAACCAACCAGAUCCACUGUGUGAGAGAGACCUGACGGAGCUCACCCACCCACUGCCUGACUCUGCCUUUUUAUCGAAGCAGGCUCCUUUCAGG